AUGCACGAGCUAGAGACCCGCCGAUCAUAUGGGUACGUAAAGGCUAGAGGCUUGAUGGUUGUAUGGGUGUACGAGAGUGGGAAGCCUAUGCUCGGCUUGGUUGAUCACAUGAGGAAGAGAAAUUUAUGCUAUAGGCUGGGCAUACAACUAGGCGAGGAGGUCGGCGUGAGGCAAGGAAGGGCUAUUGUGAGAGCUAUUGGCGCUAAAUGUGUAAGGGCUAUUGGCGCUAAAUGUGUAAGGGCUAUUGAUGCUAGGUGUGCAAGGAAUGCCGUGAGGGCCGCAAGACAAGACUGGGGUGAGGUGUGCGAGAGGGUCGUGAGGUGGGAGAGGGAACUUGGGAGAAACGAGGUUUAG